GUACCUGGAGGAGCAGAAGGCUGAGAAUGGGAAAGACAAAGACCAGAAAGUAAGUGUUGAGAAAGAAAAAAGUAAAGAAAAAGGGAAUUUCUCUGAGUUGGGAUCAACAGAUGGAAAGGCAAAAUCCGAGGUGUAUGGAUCCAAGGCUGACUCGGAGAAGGGAUACCGCGGCAGCCAGUCGCCCAAGCGCUACAAGUUCAGGGAUGACUUUGACAAGAUCAAGGUCCCAGAGUUCCACAAGGAAGGCCAUUAUGGCAAAGAGGAGAUGGAUGAGCAGGACAAGAAGGAUAAAGCAAAAGGCCGGAAAGAUUCGGAGUUUGAUGAUGAGCCCAAAUUUAUGUCUAAAGUCGUUGCGACUUCGAGUAAAAACCAAGAGGAGGAUAGGUCUGGAAAAUGGGAAGGGGUGGUGUUCCUGCCACCUGGAAAGGAGAAGCAAAGGAAAUCUGAUGACAUGGAGGAGGAAAGCUAUUCCGAGAGAUCCAAAAAAGAGGAGAGAUCAGGAUCCAAGAGAUCGGAGUCUGGUCACAGGGGGUUUGUUCCUGAAAAGAAUUUCAGAGUGACCACUUACAAGUCAAGCCAGGAAAAAAGCUCUUCGCCCCCACCGCGGAAGGCUUUGGAGGUGAAGGAGAAGCCAGGCACCAAAGUGGAGGGGCUGACUCCUGGCAAAUCCUCCUUUUCCAUUACCCGUGAGGCCCAGGUCAACAUUCGCAUGGAUUCCUUCGACGAGGAUCUCGCACGUCCCAGUGGCAUAUUGGCUCAGGAGCGCAAGCUCUGCCGGGACCUGGUGCACAGCAACAAGAAGGAGCAGGAAUUCCGCUCCAUUUUCCACCACAUCCAGUCGGCUCAGUCGCAGCGCAGCCCCUCGGAACUGUUUGCUCAGCACAUAGUGACUAUAGUCCAUCAUGUGAGAGAACAUCACUUUGGGUCCUCAGCAAUGACACUGAACGAACGCUUUACCAAAUACUUAAAGAAAGGAAUGGAACAGGAUGCAGCUAAGAACAAGAAGAGUCCUGAAAUCCACAGGAGGAUAGAUAUAUCUCCCAGUACUUUUAGAAAACAUGGAUUCUCUCAAGAGGAGUCGAAAAGCUCCAGAGAUUCAGGCUUCAAGGCUGAAGGGAAAUAUAAGGACGAUCCUGUUGACCUGCGCCUCGAUAUUGAACGCCGUAAAAAACAUAAGGAAAGAGAUCUUAAGCGCGAUAAAUCCAGGGAGUCGGUGGACUCGAGGGAUUCAAGUCACUCAAGGGAAAGAUCAACUGAGAAAACGGAGAAAAGUCACAAAGGCUCAAAGAAAAAGAAGCACCGACGGGUGCGAGAGAGAUCCAGAUCCAGUUCCUCAUCGUCAUGGUCCUCUCACUCGGUCAAGGCAGAGGAGUAUCCCGAGGAGACUGAGGAGAGGGAGGAGAGCUCCACAGGCUUCGACAAGUCCCGGCUGGGGACUAAGGAAUUCACUGGCCCAAACGAGAGAGGAAGAGCGAGGGGAACCUUUCAGUUCAGAGCCCGAGGGAGAGGAUGGGGCAGAGGCAACUUUUCAGGCAACAACAACAGCAACAGCGGCGGCAACAACGACUUCCAGAAGCGAAGCAGGGAGGAGGAAUGGGACCCUGAGUACACCCCCAAGAGCAAGAAGUACUACCUG